AUGCUGCCAUUAACACUUUUAAGGGGUGCCAUUGGUACCAACAUGUUGGUGGAAUUAAAAAACGGUGAAACUUUUAACGGAACGCUCACGAAUUGUGAUCAAUUUAUGAAUAUGAAUUUAGAGGAUGUUACAUGUACAAGCCGAGAUGGUACUAGGUUUUGGAAAAUGGAUAAAGUAUAUAUCAGAGGAUACACAUUGAAAUAUAUUCGAAUUUUAGAUGAAAUUAUUAACAAAGUGAAGGAGGAACAAAAGAAGAGUAGAAGUAAGCCACAACAGCAACAACAACAACAACAUCAAACGAGUGGUGCUGCUAAUACAAGCAGUGGUACUUCAGCUACAACAUCAGCUCCUCAAAGAACACGAAGUCAAACCUCCGGAGCUGGAAGAGGCUCGGGCAGAGGCGAUCAGUCUUCUAGGUCAUCGACUAGUGGUCAGCAUCACGGUGGAAGAGGAAGAGGAACACACCACAAAACCCAUUAA